AACACGGACCGUGUUUCUGACGGACAACAACAACCGAGUGCUCGCCGUAGCAUAAACCAGGAACCUGUGGUAACUUCGUGAAAUCUGGGAUUUAAAUAAAUUGUCAAUCAGACCUUUGUGGUGAAAGCGUUUCAGUAGACGGAUAAAUGUCUGAAGCAUCAGAACGUCCUGAAAAAGAAGAAGAAGAAGAGGAAGAAGUUACGCCUGAACCCGAGGACUCGGACGACAGCAGUGGAGAAGAGGCUGCAGGAAACACAGAGAUGGACUUCCUACGUAACCUCUUCUCCAGCACGCUGGGCCUCGGAUCACCAGAGAAAGUUCUGGAUGAUCUGACUCUGGAGGGAGUGGCACGAUACAUAAAGAGCGGCAAAUGUAAAAACAUCAUCUGCAUGGUUGGAGCCGGAAUAUCCACAUCGGCUGGGAUCCCUGAUUUCCGCUCACCAGGAACUGGGCUGUAUGCAAACCUGCAGAAAUAUAACCUGCCUUACCCUGAGGCCAUCUUCCAGAUCGAUUACUUUAAGAAACAUCCAGAGCCUUUCUUCGCCUUGGCCAGGGAGCUUUACCCAGGACAGUUUAAGCCGACAAUCUGUCACUACUUCAUGAAGCUGCUGAAGGACAAGGGUCACCUGAGACGCUGCUACUCUCAGAACAUCGACACCCUGGAGCGAGUGGCCGGAUUAGAGGGAGAGGAUCUGAUAGAAGCUCAUGGAACGUUCUUCACGUCUCACUGUGUCUCCUGCACCAAGGAGUUCAACCUGGACUGGAUGAGAGAUAAAAUCUUUUCUGACGACAUUCCCCGAUGUGAUGGGUGCAGCAGUUUGGUGAAGCCAGACAUCGUCUUCUUUGGAGAGAGUCUACCUGUCCGGUUUUUCACUUCAAUGAAGAUGGACUUUCCUCGCUGUGAUCUCCUCAUCGUCAUGGGAACGUCUCUGCAGGUCCAGCCGUUUGCAGGUUUAGUCGGCAGAGUUUCUAAAAGUUGCCCCAGACUGCUCAUAAACAUGGAGAAGGCCGGGCAGGCGGAUCCUAUGCUCGGGCUGCUGGGUUUUGGAGGAGGCAUGGACUUUGAGUCAGACAAAGCGUACAGAGAUGUAGCUCACAUCAGUACAUGUGAUGACGGCUGUUUGGCCCUCGCUGAGCUGUUGGGAUGGAAGGAGGAGCUGACGGAGCUGGUGAAGAAGGAGCACGGCAGGAUCGACAGCCAGGACCAGAGAGAGAAGAGCAAAGGAGCGGCAGCCAAUGAGAGCUCUGCAUCUGAGGCACCAGCGGCUAAAAAGGAAGAGUAACUAGUAGUCCUUUUAGAGAAGCUACCAGAGGGAUGUCAGAGUUUCGCUUGGCCCUUAAAGAGAAAUCGUGAUACAAAGAUUUUGGUUUGGAAUUGAAGCUCAUUUUAAAAUGUCAUUCUGAACAACCUCCAUCUUGAAAUCACUGUGUGGAAGGACUUAGGGAAACAAACACAAGUCGUUUGAAAGGCUGAAGUCAGAAGCAUGGUUGUCUUUGUCUGAUGCGCUACCAAAAACACUUUGCUGAGAUAAAAAAAAUCAGGGAAAUAUCUUAAAUUAAAAAGGCCCUGUUAUGCUUUUUGGCUUUCCCCUCUGCAAUAGGUUUUUGUGCAUGUGCUAUCAAAAGGUGGCGGACAACAAAAAAUAGAGCGACUCUUCAACCCUUUCGUCCACAAUCACCUCAGGGGCACAUGUGAAUACAUCGAAUAUCCAUUUGAUCAAACAGAUCCAUAGUGAUCACACAACAUUAAAUUAUAAUAUAAUAACAAAUACCAACAUUUAACAAACCUCACAACAACAACAACGUUCCACUCUGUGAGAUGUAUGGCUCCUGCGCUGUGUUUUAAGCUUGUGUUUAUAUAUCAGUCAAUUGCACUUUACUGACAUGUAUCUACUUUCCUUAUUUGUUUUUUUGCAUAAUUUGAUUCCUCAGCUGUAUAUUUUCUUUUAAAGGCAGUUCACUCUAUGCAUGGUUUGCAAAAGACGGUGGCAGGGUAGAGUAUAGCUGGUGUUUGCAGAGCGUUAAGGUCAAAUCUACCAAAUCGUAGCAUUUGAAUCAUCACUAUGCUGAAUUAUAUAACAAAGACUAUACACUAUAAUGUCUCUUAAGCCCUUUUUAAACACAUCUGAUGGCGUGAUUUGGGCUAAGCCACUCUCUUGGUUUGUUUUUUCCAUUUAAAAUCACAUACUCAAAUCUGUCCUGUCGGUCAAUGACCUCUAAAAUAUUUCACACGAUGAACUUCCUGAUCGGAGAGCGGAGGUAGUUGUAAAGUUUACAGUUGGCUAUGUGGAAGUUUUAAAGUGUUUUAUUGUAUAUUAACCGUGUCUUUCAUCCUGACCCUCUGUUGGAUUUUUCUGUCAUUUCUUUUAACAAAAUGUCUUCGAUGCAAGAUGUGUUUUCAUAUUCUUAUGAAACAGCAAACUGUACAUGUUGCAUACAACAGUAACUCUGCUCUUGUCAGUCAAGAGGACUUUAGGAGGUCUUUGGUUGAUUUUUGAAAUACAGAUACGUUCACAAGACAUAAGGAAGACGUGACAAAGUUAUCUGAAUCUUGAGAAUAGAAGGCAUUAAGGAGAUAGUAUUUAAAAUGUUUGUUUACUGACACGUUGUCUUAACCAUGACAAUAAGUGCUUAAUUAAGGUGUAGUUAGGGGGAUGUUGUUUCAUGAAAAAUGAUUUUGGUUAUCUGAAUUGGCAUGAUUUGUCGCAUCAUGAGGGUUUGGACACGGUUACAUUACCAUCUGUACAAAUUAAUGUAAACCAGUUGAAACAUCCUGCAAUAAAAGUAACAUUUAUAAAGCUGA